AAAUACGCCUCAGCCUCAGCUUAUUAUAUUUUAAUCGUCUACUCCGCCUAGAAGAGAGAAGAGGCAAGAGAUAUACGAUUCAAGGUUUAAGAUAAAAUUGUAACACAGAGAUCUGUUGAGUGAAAGAUGGCUCGUACUAAGCAGACUGCUCGUAAGUCAACUGGAGGAAAGGCUCCCAGGAAGCAGCUUGCUACUAAGGCUGCUCGUAAGUCUGCUCCAACCACUGGUGGAGUGAAGAAGCCUCACAGAUACCGCCCCGGAACUGUUGCUCUUCGUGAAAUUCGGAAGUACCAGAAGAGUACUGAGCUCUUGAUUAGAAAGCUGCCGUUCCAGAGGCUUGUCCGUGAAAUUGCACAGGACUUCAAGACUGAUCUGCGUUUCCAGAGCCAUGCUGUUUUGGCUCUCCAGGAGGCUGCUGAGGCCUAUCUUGUGGGUCUGUUUGAGGACACCAACUUGUGUGCCAUCCAUGCCAAGCGUGUGACCAUAAUGCCGAAAGAUAUUCAGCUUGCCCGUCGGAUCAGAGGCGAGCGUGCUUGAAGUUACUUGUUGAUUUUGUUGAAAUGUGGUGGUGUUGGUGGUAUAUGGUGGAGUUGUUUAGUUGGUUAUGUUGGUAGCUAAUAUCUGACUUCUUAGUAGUUAAUGUUUGUGUUUAGAAACUUUGGUAUUCAAAUAUUCUGGUGUAUGCUAUAAUGGUAACUGACUUGGUUUUUGAAAA